UCCAGCUGAGAUUCCAGAUCCUCCUGGACUCUGAGGGGUUCAGACCCAGAAUCCAGACUCCUCUACCUGAGGAUCCUGACCCCUCCUGUUGACCUUUGACCUCCUGCCGGUCUGCUCGGCUCCACAGCGCCCCCCCCCUCCCGGUCUACACAAACUUUUUCCUGCUGUUGUUACUUCCUGUUUGGUCCGGAGCAGAUCCUCCCCGAUCCUCCCCGGUUCUCUCCGCUGUCUCCGCGGUCUUUGUCCGGCUCAGACUGUCCCCGUCCUCGGCUCCGGCUCCGUCCUCUCUCCGCGGACUCUCACGGACCAGAUCCAGCUAACUGAGAACCCACCGGGCGGGAGGAUCCGGAUCCAGUGACCGGGACAGAGCGCAGGGAGGCGGGCUGAGUUCUCAGGAGGAGCCGGUGUUCGUCUGGUUCUUCGGCUCCGGGUCCUGAUGGAUUUUACUUAAACAGCUCGUCCUUUAAACCGGCUCCUAAUCUCUGCUGCUAAUGCUAAUUAAGACUGUGAGCUAAUUAGCCCGCUGUGCUAACCCGGGUUAGUUAGCCGGGUCAGAGACGGAGGCGGUGUGACCUCUAACUCCGACAUUAUCUCCGGCUGUGAAAGUGCCUGUUGUUUAAACUGCCUCUGGUUUAAAGCUAAAGGAGCUAAUUAACUGAGCAGCUAGCCUCGGCUAAACCCGGGUCAAACUCUGGUCUAAGUGGGCCACAUAGAGUUUUACCCGGACUAAAACAAGUCUUUAAAUGUGGAGUUAACAGAGUGAAGCUCAGCUCCGGGUUAAAGCGUCUUUCUCUGUGUUUAUAACCGAUUUUAAACUGAGUUUGACCUUAAAUUAGUAGUUUUUUAAAUGGAGUUUGGUCUGUUUACACAGAGGGUUAAACUCUGUCAGUCUGCGGUUUAAACUGGGUUUAAAGUCGUUUAGUAAAGUUGUUUUAAAUGGAUUCAAACUGGACUUUAAAUGCUGAGGAAAGAGUGUUGAACUGGUUCACAGUUAGACCGGAUCAUAAAUGGAUCUGGUCCUGGGUUUAAUGUGGAUCUAGGAACAGGAGAAGUUAAAUUAGACGUUUGUUUAAUGGAGUUUUGAAUGUGACUCAGAGAGUUAGUUUCUGAUUUAAAUGAAGUUUGAUUUGGGUUAAAUUGGGUUUAAAUUAAGUCCUGAGUUAAACUGGGUUUUAAAUGUGAUGGUCCAGAAUCAAGACCAGACCCAGUUUGUGGUUUAAGUGUCCUUUUACGACUGGUUUUGAGUUCAGUUAGACUUUAGUUUGAUGAGGUUUUGAAUGCAGUCUGGUCUGGGUUAGUCCAGGUUUGAGAUCUGUUCUGCAUCACAAGUGUCCUUAUUUAUUUCUGGUUUGUUAGACUCUGGUUUAAUCAGGUUUUGGUUUGGAGUUACACUCAGUCAGUCUGGUUUAAAACUGGUUUUAAAUGUAGUCAUACCUGGUCCUGGUCCGGGUUUCAGAGAGUCCUCUCCUGGUUCUUGUUGAUGCAGUUAGUCCAGGUCUAAGUGGGUUUAGUCCCAGGUUUAGCUCAUGAUGGCGGAGCUCCACCAGACUCCCACCUCGUUAUGCUGCUGCCGUAAAUCCCUGCCAGCCUCUGGGGCCCGGUGUACCGGGGACUCCAGCCGACCCUCGGCAGGUCCGGGUCCCGGGUCUCCUCGGUGCCCCCUGGUGGACGUGGCCUCAGCGUCUAACUUCAGGUGCUUCCAGCUGCGACACUUCCACCUGGACCUGCGGCUGAACUUUGCCGUGAAGGAGAUGAGCGGCUGGCUGGUUCUGGAUCUGGUCCCGGUCCAGGCUGGGAUCCACACCCUGGUCCUGGACUCCCACCCGUCUCUGUUGAUCCACUCCAUAGAUUGUAAGGUUCCCGGGUCGGGACAGGAGGAGCCCGUCUCCCUCACGUACCGGGUUGAUCCAUUCACAGAUUACGGAUCGUCGCUCAACAUCAGCCUCCCGACAACUGCCGUGAAACCGGGACGACUGAUUCAGAUCACAGUCCGCUACACCACCACAGACGGACCGGCGAUCUGGUGGUUGGACUCGGAGCUGACCUGUGGUCAGACUCGUCCUCUGGUCUUCACUCAGGGUCACUCCGUCUGUAAUCGCUCCUUCUUCCCCUGCUUUGACACACCUGCUGUCAAGAGCACCUACACCGCUACUGUCAGGGUCCCAGACGGAGUCACGGUCCUGAUGAGUGCGUCUCGGAGCUCCUACUCCAAACCGGACCGGGUCUUCCAGUUCUCCAUGGAGUUCCCGGUCCCGUCCUACCUGGUGGCGUUGGUGGCCGGAGAGCUGCAGCACGUGGACGUCGGCCCGAGGAGCCGUGUGUGGGCGGAGCCAUGUCUGCUGUCCUGCGCGGUUAAGAAGCUGGGGGGCAGCGUGGAGCGCUGGCUGGGCGUGGCCGAGGAGCUGUUCGGACCGUACCUGUGGGGCAGGUGCGACAUCGUGUUCCUCCCCCCCUCCUUCCCCAUCGUCGCCAUGGAGAACCCGUGCCUCACCUUCAUCAUCGCCUCCAUCCUGGAGAGCAGCGAGUUCCUGCUCAUCGACGUCAUCCACGAGAUCGCCCACGGCUGGUUCGGCAACGCCGUCACCAACGCCACCUGGGAGGAGAUGUGGCUGAGCGAGGGGCUGGCCACGUACGCCCAGCGGAGGAUCACCACCGAGGCCUACGGUGAGGCGUUCACCUGUCUGGAAACUGUCGUACGAUUGGACGCCCUCCACAGACAGCUGCGUCUCCUCGGAGACAACAACCCUGUGAGCAAACUGCAGGUCAAGUUUGAGCCAGGUGUGAACCCCAGCACUCUGAUGAACCUGUUCACCUACGAGAAAGGAUUCUGCUUCGUGUCGUAUCUGUCACAGCUCAGUGGAGACGUCCAUGACUUCGACCGCUUCCUCAGGGACUACAUCUCUCAGUUUAAGUUUAAGAGCGUUGUGGCUCAGGACCUCAUCGACUUCUUCCUGGGUUACUUCCCUGAGCUGCAGGACGCCGCCGUCGCCCAGAGAGAAGGUUUGGAGUUUGAGCGGUGGCUGAGCGGCUGUGGUCCUCCUCUGUACGAGCCGGACCUGUCAGCAGGGGGCGCUCUGAUCCAGCCGGUCCAGGACCUGUGUGUCCUGUGGAGGAGGAGCGACACCCCCGACCUGCAGACCCUCACCAGCUUCGACCUGUCGGCCUGGAGCACCUUUCAGAUCGUCCUGUUCCUGGACCGCAUGUUGGACCACUCCCCGCUGCCUCACGAUGUGAUGGUGAGUCUGUCCGGGUCGUACUCGUCCCUGUUUGACGGUCUGAACGCUGAGGUCCAGAUCCGGUGGCUGCAGAUGGUCGUGAGGAACUCGUUCUACCCGGACCUUCCCCGAGUCCGAGCCUUCCUCCACAAACACACGUCCAGGAUGUACACGGUGCCGCUGUACGAGGACCUGGUUGCCGGGGUGAUGAAGUGCGUUGCCGUGGAGAUUUUCUACCAGACUCAGCGUCGCCUGCACCCCAACCUAAGACGGACGUUACAGCAGAUCCUGUUCCAGACCGGCUCCACCCCGAUCAAUCAGAACGGCCCGGCUCUGUCCGUUGUCCCCCCCUCCCCCUCCCCCUCAUCCUCUGCGCAGCCGCCACAGCCCGCUGCCACGGCAACCGCCUCCACCGGGACGACGGCCGCCAUCGCUCUGAGGGACGUCAAACGUGUCGGCGUGAAGUCGACCUCCGCUGUCACCUGACGGAGGCUGUGAUUGGCCGUUUGGUCAUGUGGUGACAGAGCAGGUGAUGUAGGCUGUUGCCGUGGCGACAGCAGCCGCUGAGCUUUUAAACACUGUGACGUCAUGACAGGAAGUUCACUCCAGAGACUUUUAACGUCCGGGUUGAGGCAGGAAGAGGAUUCUGAAGAUGGAGGUUACCUGAGGGAGGGUCAGAGGUCAGAGGUCAGGGUCAGAGGUCAGAGGUCAGGGCUGCUGCUUCAUCAUGUGAUCACACUUCCUGAGGGUCUGCAGACCCACCUGGGUUCACCCUGGACCUGAACCCUGACCUGACCUCUGGGCUCGUCAGGGCCUUUUGACUCUGAGCUGAUGUGUUGUUCAAACCAUGGUCGGUGGCCCUGGGAUGGGUCAGUGAUGAUGUCGUGUUAAAGAACCAGCUGCUGCUUUUUACCUGAAACACCUGCUUUAAUAACAUGUAGCUCAGACUAACAGGUGACCCCCCACCUGACUGAUCCUCACACACCUGAAGACCAGGAGCCAGAGCCCUGAACUGGACGUGGACUUGGCAGGAAAAACUAAAACCAGCAGACUUCACCUGAGUGGCCUUAACGCUGCCUUCACUGCAGCUGGGAACUGAGACGUUUCUGUCAGAGUUCAGACCUGAGUUGUGCUCCUCUGACUUCAUUCAUCCCUUUAACGAUUCUGACCGACUGUACCUGAACUCACCAGCAAUAACAACACUCACCUGUAGUUUACCUGGGACUGAGAGAGACGAGCAGAAACUCAGGACUGAACUUUAAAUGUUUAAAGGCGAGAGAUUAAACCAAGAUUUAAAGAAUAAAGUUUUUCACACUUUUAUUUAAAAACGUCUCAGAUUGAGAUUCUCUAAUCACCUGAUUAAUACUGGAUCAAUACUGAGAGUGACACUGAUCAAUAAUGACAGAUUCUUUAUUUUGAACUUUUAAUAUCUUCAGACCUGAAACAUCCCACUCUGCCCAGCUGACCGUGAACGCCUCACAGACAGAUUUAUAAUGAACGUGUGAUUUAAAAUAAAAAAACACUCGAAACUAAA